CCCCGCCUAUAAAGCAGAACAGGGAGCAGAGGCUGCCACGCGCCCUCCUGAGCCCCCCUGGUCCGGCAGCGCCUGGUCCCAGCUGCCCUUUAUCUCGCAUUCCCUGCAGGGAGCCUCUCCCCUGACAAGCUCCUCCUCCGGACGGACAAACCUGAAGAGCCAGGUCUGAGGGCUGGGCUCUCAGCUGGAGGAGCCGCCGUUGCUCCGGGCGGAGCUGCAGCAGCAGCAGAGAAGCGAAGGCCGGGAGGACCCCUCGCUUUACAGAUGGGGGCCCAGGCCCAGAGGUCACUCAGCUAGGAGAGCAGAGCUGGGCUCCCUUCCCCCGCAUGGAGGGCUCGCCUCCCCGCCCCACGUCCCCGGUGCUCCCCGAGGCUGGGGCGCUGCCCCCGGAGGACCCGGCCGGGGAGAUGCCAGAGGAGGAGGAUAUCGAGGCCCUCCUGGAGGAGAUGGAUUUCCUCCCCGGCCACUUCCACCUGGACCUGAACCUGAACUUUGAGCCAGGCUCCGGAGCCCCCUUCCGGGGCCGGGACAUGAAGCUCCAGCGGGAGAGCCUCCGGACCGAGCUGGAGCUGGAGGCCGGGCCUCUGCGGCACGCAGCUCGGAACCUGCUGGGCGUCUUCAGCUUCUACCUGGAGGAGCUGGAACUGGCUCGGGAGCUCUUCCUGCAGGUGACCCGGGAGGCCCCGGACAACCUCAACGCCUGGGCCAACUUGGCUUAUGUUUACGACCAGCUAAGCCUGGAGCAGGAGGGGGCCCGGUGCACCGAGACCCUGUCCGGCCUCAUGGGCCUGGAGGCCCCCGAAGAAGGGGCGGCCGACGGCGACCUCAAGCUGCGCGCAGCCCGGUGCCUGGCCGAGCAGGGCUACGCCUCGGCCUUCGACGUGGGCCUCCUGAGCCAGAGCGAGCAGGCCCAGAAGCUGACGGCUGGCAUCGCCCUCUACGACAAAGGCCUGGCCUACGGGCAGAAGAUCCCACUGGAGGAGAAGCGGAGCUGGUACUUCACGAUGGCGACUCUGUUCAUCAGGCUGGACAGCAUCUUAUUGAGCCAGGGUGCUGAGGAGCAGAAGAGGCUGCCCGCUUUUAACCGCACCCUCGGGUUGCUCCGAGAAGUGGUCAAGUCCUCCAGCACGCACCAUCGAGCUCUGGCCUGGUGCUAUCUUGGGAUGCUUCUGGAAAGGAAAGACGCCUUCUCUACCACCCCCAUGGGCGUGCAUGACUACGGCUACUCAGGGACCGACCCCCUGGACUGCUUUGGCAAGGCCAUAGAGAUUGCCAAGGACCACACGCCCACCUUGAAUCGACUGGCUAAGAUCUUCCAUUUCCUGGGCAAGCAAGACAUGGCCAUUGGCAUCUGCAACAUGGCUCUGGACAUCCUGCCAGAUCCCGAGCUCAACUGGCAGGCUUACUGCACGAGGGCCAAGAUCCACACCAAGGCUUAUCUGCGUGACUUGGAGCGGGCCAAGGCCGGGCUGGGAGGUCUGCCGGACAGGAAUCACCUCACUGUGGCCAAGGCUGAUCUGGAGGAAGUGGUCAAGGUGUGUCCAGGCCUAAAGACCUACCUGGACAUUGGUCAGGUCUACUAUUACAUGGGGGUGGACGCCGUGCAGGAGCUGCUGGCCGUGGACGAGUCGGCCCUGAACCAGGCCCUGGUCUUCUUCUCCAAGGCCAUGGAGUUGGACAUGGGGGAGACGCUGCCCGAGAUCCAGCUGCUGCGAGGCAAGUGCCUGCGGAUUAAGGGUGAGGAGCCCAACGCGGUGGAGUGCUUCAAACGUGCCAUUGAACUGGAGGAGAGCGGCUCGCGCCACACGGAGGGCUUCCGCUGCCUGCUGGAGACCCUGCUGGCCCUGCUGGGCCAGGCGCGCCGGAGCGCCAGCGAGCUGGGCCUCGAGGUGGACCUCUGGCUGCGCAAGGCCGAGGGCAAGUACCCGGCCGAGCGAGUGCGGCAGGAGCUGCAGCGCGUGUACCGCAGCCACACGGCCGAGGUGGUGGCCCUCGCCAAGGCCCUGGUGGCGCAAGGCCGGCUGCAGCUGGUCCGCCUGCUCUUCGACAGCAUGGAGGACCAGCGGAGGAAGCCGCGGCUGAGCGAGCGGUCCCUCUCCCUCUGAGCCCCGGGUGGGCCGGGAACCCCCGGCUGUCCCGUCCGGUUCGUGGGCGGCUAUCGACAAGUCGGAUGUGUCUAGGGAGCACCUGGGUAAAUAAAGAGCCAGCUGGUGUGGAAAGAACUUGAAGGUUCCAAAGUAUAAUCGGUGUGUUGGCAAGACUGAGCCCGGCAGGGAUUAGAAAGACUGAGCCCAGCGCGGAAGCCUUCUAAAAGUCCCACAAGCCAUUGCUGUCCUUCGGCAAAGAGACAUUUUCCACUGUCCACCUAGCUGAGCAGACGUCCCAUGUGUGGAAGGCCCUUCCUCAUCCCUUCUACCUUUUGGAAUUCUGGGGGUCUUCCAAAAUAGGGUGGAGGGGCUACCUCCUCCUGCCUAAUCUCAGGAAGUUACUUGUAUUUCUUUGUUUGUGUCUCAUGUACUUAUCCCUGUCUGCGGCUGUAAGCCACCUGAGGGCAGUUUGUUUUUAUCUGUGUAUUGCCAGUGUCUUGUACACAGUAGGCACUGAAUAAAUGUAUGCUAACUUGACUUUAUACA